AUGCCGCCAAACAGCAAGAAAAAGAAGAAGCCCGCUGCGAACCCUGCUCGCGGCUUCGCAACGGUCUCCGUUCCUUCCAAAGUAAAGCCUACAGAGACGUCAGAGCCUGCCUCAACGGUCGAUUCCAAGUCGGUAUCUGAGAGUGAUCGUCCAACGCCUUCUGAGCCGACUCAUACUGCUCCGAGCUCGGACAAAACCCCGUCUCUACAGAAUUACACCCCGGAGGAACUAGAGCGACACCUGGAAGAUGCAGAAUUACAGAUCCUGGUUGAGAAAUAUGCGGCCAAAUGCAAGAGUGAUGCAGUUCGUCAAGCUAGCAAGCUAGAAACCGAACGAAGGGUUCUCAGGCAGCAGGCAGUCUCCGUGAACCAUGUCGAAUGGCUUCCCUCGGAUGUUGUGAGUUCUAUACUUGCUCUGGCCGAGGCGGAGGAACAGGGACUGAGCCCUCAACCGGUGCGAGAUAAACGGGUCGUCACAGAGGACGAACUUUGUAUGAAACUCUGGGUUUUGAAGGAUACUCUUCUGAGGUUGGGUUUCCCCGAGAACAGGGUUGAAGAGGCGUUGAAGCAUGUCUUGAUAUACUUUGCGGGCAAUUUCACAGUCACUAACCGAGACGUUGUCUGCAACUUGGAGGAAGCUCUCGAAUGGCUUGCGAUGCACUGCAGUCUGGACGAACUACCUUCAUACACUCAAACAAACGGCCAGCGCAAAGACGCGGAUAAGAACGUUUCCUGGAUCUCUGAUCGAGAGACCUCAGGAAAAUCUGCGCCUAAAUUUGCCGCAGGUAGCAAAAUGCAGAAGGCGAAACCUGUCGUUAGAGAAAACAUUACACAGCCAGAUCCCUAUGAUUCAGACAGCUCUCUUGACCCAGACACACUGGUUCCUAAGUACUUGGAUCUGCAAACCCGUUUGUACAAUCUUUGUCCGGAAAUCUUUGAUAGGCCCAAAAAGGGCAAGAAAGGCCAGCCUGCCGGCGCAACUGAUGACCCUCAGGCACUGAAACUCCAGCGCAAAAUUUCGAGCAUCGAAAACGAUGUACUUUUCGAUCGAAAGGAGGCGGAGUACCUUUGGAGGGAGAAACUCGAUGAACUGAGGAAAGAGGCUGCCAUCUUUCGACGUGUUGAUGCCAAUGCAGAGACGGAGCAGGUUGAGAAAAAAGAGUCGGAGCCAGAAACUCCGCCAGCUUUAGAUGAUGAGGCUGAUGAUAUCCUUGGAGGCAUGUUCCAGGACGAAGAACCCACUCUAGAACUGGGCGUAAUCACUGAAGAGUUGAACAAGGCUUCUAUUGCGACCCGGGAUUUUGGCAAGUGGACAGGUCUCAGCCCUCGCCGUGUCCUGGAAGAGGCGUGCAAGGCACGCGACUCUGGGUGUAAGGUCACCUAUAAAGACAUCUCGACGGCAUCACAUUUGAAUCGCAUGGCUCUUGAGGUGAGGUGGUCAAAGCCACAGGAAAUGCCGUCUCCCUUUUCCCACGAGGCAGUCACUCAAAAGUCUACCUCGUAUGCGACAUUCGUCUCUAUGGACAAAAUAGCGACGCCGACCUCCCAGCAAGCCGAGGCCUACGCAUCCACGUUUGCACUUUUUAUCCUCUUCCCCCAGAACUCGAAAGAAGGCAAGGCGUACAUGCGCCUUCCUGCCGCAUGGCGAGAUCUCUGGGAGGAGUUUGCAAACGCAAAGAAGGUGCAAGAUGAUGAGGCUGACAAGCAGGUUGUGAAAAGCUUAAGAAAGCUGAUACAAGAAAAUCAUGGCACCUUCGAGGAUGAUGUCGUGCUUUCAGAUAACUUCCGAAAGAGAAACGGAACUCCAAGGAACCGUUCCCCAGUGCGAGCGGGUGCAAAGGAGGCUCCAGGGAUCAAUGAGCAGUUAUCCCAGAUUUGGAUGGAAAAGGCUUCCACGCCCGCUUUUCAAUAUAUGGUCCAAAGCCGCAUGCAAUUGCCAAUUUGGACAUUCAAAAACGAGAUUUUGAACACGCUGAAUAGCCACCGUGCACUCAUUAUCUGUAGUGAAACCGGAAGUGGUAAAAGCACACAGAUACCAUCGUUUAUUCUCGAACAUGAAAUGUUGUCAGGACGUCCGUGCAAGAUCUACGUAACCGAACCGCGGCGUAUUUCGGCUAUCUCACUCGCGCGCAGGGUGAGCGAAGAACUGGGGGAGAGCAAGAACGAUGUUGGAACCUCGCGCUCGUUGAUCGGUUUUGCCGUUAGAUUAGAGAGCAAGGUCAGCCCAGCAACAAGGCUGGUUUUCGCGACUACCGGAGUUGUGGUGCGAAUGCUGGAACGCCCCGAUGACUUUCAAGAUAUCACUCAUGUCGUCCUCGAUGAAGUGCACGAGCGUUCAAUUGACAGCGACUUCCUUCUCAUCGUUCUCCGGCGGCUGAUGCAGAAACGGCAGGACCUUAAGCUGAUCCUCAUGUCUGCAACGGUGGAUGCCAACCGCUUCUCAACAUACCUUGGUGGCGUUCCUGUUUUGAAUAUCCCUGGGCGGACAUUCCCUGUGGAGACAAAGUUUUUGGAAGAUGCAAUUGAGCUGACCCAAUAUCGAACCACCGAAAACGAGUCUAAUGUGGCCGACGACGAGUAUGAAGACGACGCGGAGACUAGCCAAGGAGAAACUACUGGUGUGGCCGCGACUCUCGAGAACUAUUCCAAGCAAACACGAGAAACGAUUAUGAACUUUGAUGAAUACCGACUUGACUACCAGCUCAUUAAGAAACUCCUGAUGAAGCUCGCAACGGCGCCGGAAAUGGAAUACUACAGCAAAGCCAUUUUGGUUUUUCUUCCCGGUAUGGCGGAAAUUCGCCGGCUGAAUGACGAGCUCCUCUCAGAGCCAACGUUUCAACACGGAUGGAUUAUUCACGCUCUCCACUCGUCAAUUGCCAGCGACGAGCAGGAGAAGGCGUUCGUUGUGCCUCCAGAUGGCAUGCGGAAGAUAGUCAUCGCCACCAAUAUCGCAGAGACAGGUAUCACAAUCCCUGAUAUCACAGCUGUUAUUGAUGCAGGCAAGGAGAAGACCAUGCGGUUUGACGAGCGGCGCCAGCUGUCCCGUUUAGUAGAGGCGUUCAUCUCACGGGCAAAUGCAAAGCAGCGACGCGGUCGAGCCGGUCGUGUCCAAAGGGGUAUAUGCUUCCACAUGUUCACCAAGCAUCGCCACGACAAUCUCCUGGCCGAACAACAAACCCCAGAGAUGCUCCGACUCUCGCUUCAAGACCUGGUCCUCCGCGUCAAGAUUUGCAAACUCGGCGAAGUCGAGCCAACGCUUCUUGAAGCGCUGGAUCCGCCGUCCUCGAAGAACAUUCGGCGGGCGAUCGACGCACUGAAGGAAGUCAAGGCUCUAACCAGCACGGAGAACCUUACCCCGCUAGGACAGCAGCUUGCUAAGCUUCCGCUGGACGUGUUCCUCGGCAAACUUAUCAUCCACGGGGCGUUCUUCAAGUGUCUUGACGCGGCGAUUAGCAUUGCUGCGAUUCUGUCAUGCAAGUCGCCGUUUGUGAAUACGAUGGGCUCGAACGCUCAGAAGGAGGCGGUCCGACUUGGGUUUCGACGGGGUGACUCGGACCUAUUGACUGUGUAUAACGCAUAUUGCGCGUGGAAACGCACACGGAGCACACCAGGCGCCAACGAGUACGCCUUCUGUCGGAAGAACUUCCUCAGCCCGCAGACGCUGCUAAACAUUGAGGACGUCAAGCUCCAGCUUAUGGUCUCAAUCGCCGACGCGGGCCUUGUCACGCUCGAUACUAACCAGAAGGCUUCUCUCAACCGUGCCCGCUCGACCCGCCAACGCCACUUCUUCACAACCCCGCCAUCCCACGACACAAAUAACGCAAACGACACGCUCAUCCAGUCCGUUAUCGCCUGGAGCUUUUACCCCAAGCUCCUGACCCGCGAGGGCAAAGGGUGGCGGAAUAUCGCCAACAACCAGUCCGUCACUUUGCACCCAACGUCCGUGAACAGAGUCCCUUCAGCUUCGUCGGAGAGGUCGCCAGGGCAAAGUCAGUACCUAAGCUACUACCAUAUAAUGCAGGGGCGGAACAGGAAAUACAAUGCAUUUGAGACGAGCGCGGUUGAGGAUUGGGCUGUUGCGGUGCUCUGUGGAGAGGGCGAUUUCAAGAUGUACCCCGGCGUCCUCUCGAUCGACACAAACAGACUGCGCUUCUCCCUGCGUGACUGGAAGUCCAUGCUUGCAAUGAAGGUGCUUGCAACCCGCAUUCGGGAAAUACUGGCAAAUGUGUUCCGCGACCCGCAGCAGCCACUGUCGUAUAAGCAGCGGCAGUGGAUGGAUAUUUGGCAGGGGAUUUGGCAGGCUAGGAUGUAG